GCGAGAGUGUUGCGUUUAAUGUCGAGUGAUGCCCUCCCCUCGCCACAUCUCCUCCACUGAGAUGGUGACGCUCCUUCAAAACUCCAGUCUCACGGCGGCGAGCGCAGAUUGCUUGAGUCAUCAAGGUUCAUAACUUUACCAAAUCUUUCAUAGCUUAUCUGCAAAUGAGCUGGAUGCCUGCUCUUGUCAGUAUGCGAUCCUGUUAUAUAUAAUCUUAAAGAGAAGAACAAUAAAAUAUUCUUAUGUUUUUACACAGGAGACUGUAACGCUCGUCUUCAGACUCUUUAUAUGCGCGCACCGCUGGUGCCAGACGCGCGUUUCCAGCCUGCGCUAAUGAUGCGAUGCCCCGCAACCACAGUGGCGAUGAGGGCGGUACUGGUCUCUGGAUGAAGACCUCGCAGCCCUAUGGCAUGAAAGAUGUUGAAGCCGGCCGUGGGACGAUGAACAACGCGACCAGGACAGUCGACAGUUUGCUGUCGACGCCGGGCACAACAGGUGCAGUAGGCUCGGAGAACCAGAGGAGAAAGCAGGGCGCCCGGCUGAGCCUGCUGGGGAAACCGCUCAUCUACAGCGCGCAAAGCGGCCGGAGAAACGCGCGCUACAGGAAGCUCCAGAACUACCUCUACAAUGUCCUGGAGCGACCGCGAGCCUGGGCAUUCAUUUACCAUGCCUUUGUGUUCACUUUGGUGUUUGGCUGUCUGGUUCUCUCUGUGUUCUCCACCAUCCCUGCUCAUGUGGACCUCUCCAAUCACUGUCUCCUUAUACUGGAGUUUGUGAUGAUUGUUGUAUUCGGUCUGGAGUACAUCAUUCGCAUCUGGUCGGCUGGAUGCUGCUGUCGUUACAGGGGAUGGCAAGGACGACUGCGCUUUGCUAGAAAACCAUUCUGUGUCAUUGACAUUAUUGUGCUCAUUGCAUCCAUCGCAGUGGUUUCAGCUGGUAGCCAGGGCAAUAUUUUUGCCACGUCUGCACUCCGCAGUCUGCGUUUUUUGCAGAUCCUGCGCAUGGUGCGUAUGGACAGGCGAGGUGGUACCUGGAAACUGCUUGGAUCUGUAGUCUACGCUCACAGCAAGGAACUUGUGACCGCCUGGUACAUUGGCUUCUUGGUGCUGAUCUUUUCUUCAUUCUUGGUCUACUUGGUGGAGAAAGAAUUUAACAAACAGUUUGCCACCUACGCCGAUGCUCUUUGGUGGGGUACGAUCACGCUCACCACCAUUGGAUAUGGGGAUAAGACUCCACAGACUUGGACCGGGCGGCUUCUAUCUGCAGGUUUUGCUUUGCUGGGCAUCUCGUUCUUCGCUUUGCCUGCUGGUAUUCUUGGCUCUGGCUUUGCUCUGAAGGUCCAAGAGCAGCACAGACAGAAGCACUUUGAAAAGAGGAGAAACCCAGCAGCCAGUCUCAUACAGUGUGUGUGGCGUAGCUAUGCGGCUGAUGAGAACUCGGUUUCCAUUGCUACCUGGAAGCCUCAUUUGAAGGCGUUGCAUACCUGCAGCCCUACAAAGAAAGACCAGGGGGAAUCCAUCAGCAGUAAGGGUCAUAGUAAUAGACAGAGGCUCUUCAGGAGGUAUACCACACGGAUAUAUAGCCAAAAGUUAAGUUUUCGUGAGCGUGUGCGGAUGGCCAGUCCUCGUGGUCAGAGCGUAAAGAGCAGACAGACGUCAGUGAACGACAGACGCUCUCCUGGCACAGAGGUGGGUGUGGAGGGCAGCAGCCCUGCCAAGGUCCAGAAGAGCUGGAGCUUCAAUGACCGAACACGCUUCCGUCCAUCACUCAGACUCAAGAGCCAGUCUCGCACAACGACUGAAGCUGACACUAAUCUUGGACCGGAUGAUGCUUUUGAUGAGAAGGGUUGCCAUUGUGAUGUGACUGUGGAAGAUCUGUCUGCCCCACUAAAGGCCGUGAUCAGGGCCGUCAGGAUAAUGAAAUUCCAUGUGGCCAAGAAGAAGUUUAAAGAGACGCUGCGACCGUAUGAUGUGAAAGAUGUGAUUGAGCAAUACUCUGCUGGCCACCUGGAUAUGUUAUGCCGUAUCAAGAGUCUCCAGACUAGGUUAGACACCAUUGUGGGUCCACAGACCUUGAGAACCAAAGCCAAGACCUUUUCUUCUCCUUCCCUGCACUUGUAUUACAGUCAGGCCAAGAGGAAACACUCUGCCCCAGGACUUGCCACAGCCGUGGGUCCACAUCAGACACUCAGCACCAAAGCCAGGAACCUUUCCUCUCCCUCUCUACAAUUGUAUUACAGCCAAAGCAAGAAGAAGCAUGCUGGGGUGGAUCAGAUACUAGGAAAAGGUCAGAUUUCGGUAGACAGGAAAGGCAGGGAGAAAAUCCUCCCAGAAGGAGAGUCCCUGGAACAUGACAUGAGCAUGCUUGGACGAGUCUGUAAAGUAGAGAGACAAGUCCAGUCCAUUGAGUCAAAGCUGGACUCGUUGCUGGAUAUAUACCGACAGGUGUUGCAGAAAGGCUCAUCUUCGAUGCUUGGUCUGUCUGCUUUUCCACUGUUCGAGCUGGAUCAGACCUCCGACUACCAAAGCUCCAUCCAUAGCAAGGAUUUGUCGUCAUCUUCCCAGCUUACCGGCAGCGGCGUGUCUCAUUCAGGCAGCAGUAACCUACACCGUGGUCUGCAUCUUGCUCUGGCCCCCAGUGAACUCAACUUGGGUACUGGUUACCCACAUUCGGCCUCCUCCUACUCAACCUCUCCUCUUCUCAACAACCAACCCUCCAGCCCGGACAGUUUCUACCCAGUGUCCCCUCCUCCAAUUCUCACCCCCAACAACCUUUCCAGAAGUCACCAGCGAUUCAGUGAGCUGACCAGGCCAGUCCCAACAAUCCAUUCGACCUCAACGACCCUUCAGCUCCCCCCUAUGGUACCAACGCCUCAAGGCCGGCCUACCAGCCUUAUCCCAGAGACGCUACUGGAGAGCCGGGCAGAGAGUCUGAGCAAUUGCCUCGUGAGUUCCCAAACCGAUGUUGAGUUGGACAGGGAGGCUGAGAGUACUCAAAGCACGGUACAGCUACGGGACAAGCCCGAGCGCAACUCCAAGGAAGAUGGGUCGUGGAGAAGACACUUGAGCCUUGACAUUGAUCCUCUAAAGCUCAUGUCUUCCACAGCAGCAGCAGCCUCGCUACAGGUUGAGCGUGGGCUCGGUAAGUCUCUUUCCGCUCAGAACCUCAUGCUACCGACUGCUGCGGACUGCCAUCCCAGCCUGUCCACUCGGAGCAGCAGCAGCAGCAACAAUGAGUCCAGCGACCGCGAGCCGCUGGCUGACUGGGGCGAUACAGAGCUGUUCAUCAAUGACAAAGAGUUGGACACCACGGAGGGCGGCCGCGACCUCCUCGACCAACAAAGCAACGAUACAACCUUCUCUUCUGAGCUGCUACGGACAGGAGCCAGUGGGCCGUCUCCCAGCCAGGCUGGAUCAAGAGAUAGUCUCGAGUCCCAAAACUUGCCUCACGUAUAACUCGAAAAAACCCGGAGCACAGGAACCUCACUGUGGAGACUGGACACAACCUCAUGUCCCUCAUGUUCUUCUUUUCCAAAGGAAAUGGAGCGUCUUGUACGCUCUAUAUGUUUUCUAAUUUUCACAAGAAAAAGACAUGAUGUUCAUACGUUUUUGUUCAUACGUACAUAUCAUUGCAUGGGCAAUUUGUCAAAGAGGAGAAUUUAUAUCAAUGAGAAACUGUUGGGGAAGAAGCAUUAAUUAAAUAUUCUGGGGAAAUAUAUGUUAAACUCAAUCGACAGCAUUUGUGGCAUAAUACUUACGGUGAGGCACUUACAAUGGAAGUGAAUGGGGCUAAUUGGUAAACAUUAAUAUACAGUACUCACGGUUUCAAUAGUUUAGCCCCAUGACAAACAGUACAAGUUUGUGUGGAAAAAAAUC